GGCUGCAGAUGAUGCAUACGAGUAAGAAACGGAUGUUUUGAGGACGUUUGCCACAGUUGCUGUCUUCAGUUAAAAUACUGUUUUUCCACAUCCUUCCCUAGUAGACAAACUUUUGGACUACAUGCUGAGAAACGUGUUUGUUUGGGGUCAACAUAAAAUUUGAGAAGUUGAAAGUCGGGGAUAUCAUCAGCAGUCCACUCAUAUCCAGCAAGCUGACCUGCAUUGACCUGGCAAAAUUCUACAACACUGUCUGAUAUGUUUGAUUACAAGCAAUGUUCUGUGUCACAUAAGGUUUAUGGGAAUAGUGUUAUUAAUCCUGACAGCAGAUAAACAUUGAAAAGGCAUUAAACUGUGGCGAGAUUUUAAACUUUUCCUGUUUUCUGUUCCUCUCGGUUCGAAGAACAGACUCGCAGUGUGCAACAGUUUGUGUACUUUCGGGUUAGAGAUUCAUUAAAACAGUCUGCGCCUUCACGGACCCAUCGCGAACCGCGAAUAAGCAGGGAAGAAGGAAAUGUUUCUCUCAUAUGGAGAAGCUGUCUAAAAAAUGUGUAGACACAUUGUGAGUCUCCUGGUUGAGUUUGAUAUGCAUGGUAUCAACUGAAAGAAAUGGGAUCCUCAUGUAGUCAGAAAGAUGCGCGAGGUGUCGUAAAGCACUAACUGGAGGAUGCUGUGGAUUGUCGGCACUCUUCUUCUCAUUCUUGAUCUGCCAAUCAUCAAAGGUGUCCUUCUCUCACCCUGUGGUAGUGAAGGUGUGCAGGAGGUCCUGGCUGGUCACGAAACUCGUUUCACCUGCACAUCUGAGGGGCCAGUAGAAUGGCGACUACAUUAUUACGAUUGGAGGACAAAGGGAGAAAACCGAAUGACUUCAGCGGUGUUAGCAACAGGCGACAUGUUUGUUCUGAUGAACAGCUUUGAUGGGCUGUUUACCGCCGCUGUCAUAAAUAACAACACGACAUCUAUCAUCGUCAACACCGUGAAUAACACAAGGUUGUAUAACAAUGUCCACUUUCUCAACGGCAGUCUGGAGUGUACUCGUCGCGAUGCCGAUAACAUGUCAGCUGGCUGUGGGCUUGACUAUGUGGACCCACCAAAGAACAUUUCAUGCACUGCAGUCAACUCCUCGUUCUCUGUCCAUGUGUCAUGUGUCAUUGGCAGUGUCUACUCUUCCCGGAGACGGUACAAGUGUCAGCUAAUUCGAAGUAAAAAUGCGUCAGAAAACAAAACACUGGAAACCGUUACCAUGGUAACAUCACCUAACAAUGAAAAGAUUACUAAGAGUGAAGUCAAGGUCUCAAGCUUCUGUCAGUUCAACACAACACUCCCAGCAGAAGAAGGAAACUAUGGGUUCUUUGUUUCUGUCUCACCAGGUGGACGAACACUAAGUGUCGAAGACAAGUUAGUGGCAAUCGAGAGGCCCAAGUCACCGAUUGUAUCUUGCAGUCCACAGCCCCACGUGUUAGAAAACACUAAUGUCACGUGUACCUGUAAAGCUGCAAGUGUUGGACAACCUGCAGGGUACCUGGCGUGGGUCGCAGGUAAAGACACGACCCAGCAGGGGUCAAUCAUGAAACGACAACAAUUGUCAACUCCAAACGAACUACACUAUAGCCAGUCCUUCACUCUGUCAGACCAUGGAAAAGCUUGGGUGAGAUGCGACAUCAUUUGGGGACAAUAUGCGAUACCCGGGCAGAACUAUACUGCUAGUGUAGGUCAUGCACCCAAGACGUCACGAAUUUUUCUCAACGGUCGUGAGCGUCACGUGACAGUCAUGGAGAAAGACCAAGUUCACCUGAGAUGCGAAUCGGACGGCCGACCCACACCUAACAUCUCCAUCUAUAAUAAUGACAAUGACAGGGUUAUAUUUAGAGGCUCGUCUGUUAUCAACUACACUUUCAUCGCUCGCUGUGAGGACACCGCCACUUACACGUGCUCCGCGUGGAAUGAGUUUUCACAUCACGUGACUACCUCGCUCAGCAUCCAGCUUGAUACUGGAUGUAAACCUCGGAGCGUGUCAUCCACAAAUGUUAUCAAUAUUUAUGUCAAACACGAGAGAGAUGAGCUGACUUUUGAUGUGAUCGCCUUCCCGGUACCUUCUGGGGCUGGUGUGUGGUUGGCAAAACCAUUAAACCACAGCAGUAUAUUUUCUUAUGUUCAAAUUUCAGAUGCAAAUGUUUCCUGUAAAUCUGACAGUAAGCACCGUUAUAUAUCCAGAUGUACUUUAACUGUCUUCAGCAAUUACUCCCUGUCAAGGACUGGCAUGUACAAGGUGCAACUCAUCAAUGAUUAUGGUAUUGAGAACCUCACCAUUCAGCUCAUCGAAGAAGACACUGUUUUACCACAAAACAAUUUCUUCAUGUUGGUGACUCUAGCUGGAGUUGUUAUCUUGGCUUCUGUACUCAUUGUCGUAAUCAGGAACAAGAUAAAAGGUAAAGAAAACUGUAAAAAGUUUAAUCGUUUAAAUGUAAGUUUGAAAGUCAGAAGAAAAAUUCUCAAAGCUAGUGCCUUUCCAUUUGUAUGGUUUUCUAUAAUGAGAAACAUUAAACCAAACUGAACUAAGCCCUUACAAGCUCUCUUCUAUUUUUAUCUCGCAUAUUAUUCUCAUACUUUUGUCCAACCCCUUGUCAUCAAAAUGCAGAUUCACACUUUAGGUCCCAAUAUUUUAUUAUUUGUUUCGAAUGAACAAAUGUAACUCAUUUAAAUUUAUAAUGCCUACGAAAUAUCGUCAAAAGUUUAAUUAAGAUCGGUAAAGUUGUGUGUGAAGGUGACAGGAAACCAAUAGUUUUGCGAACAAUCAGGAGGACAUGUCAACAAACGUGUUUACCACUGCAGUGGAAAUGUUGGGCUCACUGGAGGCCUGAACCUUCUGCACUUUGCCUUGUUUAGACCUGCUGUAGACCUAGUAAAGGGAGACAAAUACUGGCUAUGCUGGUCAGUUCUGACAAAUUUUUCUUGGGUGGCUCUACAAUGGAACAAAUAUUUAUAUAUUUUAUUUAUUUCAACAUCGCCAUUUCUGUACUUAAGGUAGAAAUGUCUCGAUAUCGGCUUUGAUACCAUGUUUGUCUUUUUAGUUAGUUGCUAGCCUAGAAGAUACAUAAAAUGAUAUGAUCACCAGAAGACAUCUUUUUAGUAAUAUUUGUGCUGCGGAGGCUGUGUAUCACACAGAGGCGCGGAAUUUUUCUACGGGUGUAGACACGUCUGAUGUUUUCUGCGAUUGUUGUUGGAACAUACAGCCACACAUUUUAAGCUUGCUCGUGGGAAGAACAUUCCUCCGGUUCACACUGAAGUCUGACAAAGAGCAAGUCCCUUAAAUGCUGGAUGUUUAUUGCUCUUUUAGUAACAAACAAAGGGCUAACCAAUGCAGCCCUACAGCUUCUUACCAUGUCCAACAGAUGAGAACCGAAGACCCUCGGUCUGUAGGCGCUGGGUGAGAAGUGUUCACCUCUGUGGCUUCAGAUGAUUCACAGACGGUGUCGUCAAGAUAAGUGUCACCAACUAAAGCUUACUUCAUUAAGAAAUGAUUUUACGCCCACCACUUAGCUGUUCAAUAAAAACACUUGUAA